AUGAACCCAAGGGAAAAGUGGACAGACACCAACCGAUUCUCUACCGGUGGGCUUAUAGAAAGUGACGAGAACCGUGCAAUCUUCUGGAAAGUCGUUGCCGACCACCCAUCAAUUUUCGCCAACAAAUUUGCCGUCGCAUUCGACGGUGCUCAUCAACUCUACACGCCAUACCGUUUGGAAUUUCCUGAUAAGCGGAAUUCUAUGCGGCUUGAAGCAGAUGUACCGCUCGCCAAAGAUUCCAGGGAACGAACUCCUUGUGCAGUCUCUUUCCAGUGCGUUGGUCCAGUACUUAUCGAAAUGCGACGCACUCGUACAAACAAUCUCGAUGAGCGUGUUCUCACCCCAAUUCAAAUUCUGGAUAUCGUCUGCCGUCAGAGUCUCACUUGUCCGUUCAUCGAUAACGCUGCAAACUUUUAUUCAUGGAAGUCGUCUUGUUAUCGAAUUCCUAUCAACGGUGCGCUAGCACUCGAUUUGGAGGGUGGCAAAGAAAUGUGGACCGGCUUUUUCUCGUCUGCCCACGUCGCCAGCGGAUGGAAACCGCUGCUGAAUAUCGAUGUUGCACAUACUGCAUUCUAUAAGGCUAAAAUUUCAAUGGUUCAGUUUAUGUGCGACGUUCUAAAUGAACGCGCUGGUGCGUACCGUAAUCCGUCGUCCACUACUCGUAGCAGUUACGGCACCACUGCUCAGCCUGGGCGCACUUACUGUGCGAGCAGAGGUGGUACUGCUACAAGUGCUGGUCGCGGUGGUUACCACACAUAUGCACCAAGGACCACACAUCCUACGACGCAGCGGCAUGAGGAGUCGUUAGGAAUGCUAUCGCCAAGUAGCCUCUACAAAGAAUUUUCGCUGUCUAAUCAUGAGAUGAAAAUCCUAGCUGAAGCAGUGAAGGGCAUCAAAAUCAGGAUCUCUCAUCGCAAGGGCGCCGUUCGAGUCUAUCGCGUUAACAGUCUCCAAAUGCCUGCGGACCAGCUCACAUUCAAAGGCGUUACCGAAGAUGGGCGGGAAACUAUCAAAUCGGUAGCACAGUACUUCGCAGAGAAAUAUGCGGAACUACGCUUCCCAAAACUUCCCUGUCUUCACGUUGGCCCACCUACCCGGAACAUCUUCUUCCCACUGGAAGUCUGUGAGAUGGACACACCGCAGAAAUACAAUAAAAAACUAAGUGAAAAGCAGACGAGCUCAAUAAUCAGAGCUGCCGCAGUAGAUGCAUCACAGAGAGAAGAGCGUAUCGCUCAGCUCUGCCAGCAAGCUGGCUUUGACCGUGACCCUUUUCUCAAAGAGUUUGGUCUUUCGGUCUCACCUAGGAUGUUCGAAACUAUGGCUAGGGUUAUCCAACCGCCACAGAUCAUGUUCGGUGACAAUUCCAAAAUGGUGGACCCCAUUGUUCAUCCGAAGGACGGAGCGUGGUCUAUGGACAAUCAAACGCUUUAUUUGCCUGCUACUUGUGGAAGUUAUUCGAUGAUCGCGUUGGUUAACCCCAGAGACCAGAAUUUGCUACAAGGAUUCUGUCAGGCACUUUACGCGAAGGCUACACAAAUGGGCAUGGAUUUUCCGAAAUGGCCCGACCUCGUCAAAUACGGGCGUGGUCGCGACGAUGUGGUAAUAUUGUUCAACGAAAUCGCCAAUGAAUACAAGCAGACAAGUACUAGCUGCGAUCUCGUCAUAGUGGUCCUGCCCGGAAAGAAUUCAGAUAUUUACAUGACCGUGAAGGAGAGCUCAGAUAUGAUCCACGGCAUAAUGUCACAAUGCGUGCUUAUGAAAAACGUUCAACGUCCAUCGCCUGCAACUUGCUCGAACAUAAUCCUCAAAGUGAACAUGAAGCUUGGAGGGAUCAAUAGUCGUAUUGUUGCUGACAAUAUCACUCACAAGUAUAUAAUAGAUCAGCCAACACUGGUCGUUGGCAUAGACGUCACACAUCCAACACAAGCUGAAGAACGUAUGAACAUUCCUUCAGUGGCAGCGGUACGUGACAUGAAGGGAGUGCCAAUUAAUUCAAAACGAAAUGACGUUAGGCAAAGAUUUAUCGACAAGUUAUUCUGCUUAGUUCACCUCACCGAGCGCAAUACCUACACUGCGUCCCCUAUGAUACAGUCAGCCAUGAAUUCCACCAAAACUCACGGGCAAGGGCACUUUAGGAAAAGGCUUAAAGGCACAGUUAACGAUAAAUUUGGGUAA